CAGUCUACCUACCCGUAGGAUAUUUACGAAAAUGGAUUUUUAUUUUACUUAUAAUUAUUUUGCCAUAAGAAAUAAGAACACGAGGAAGAGUGUAACUAAAGUUGAUAGUUUGAAAUAGGAUGGACCUAAUAUGACUUCUCUCUCUUUAUUUUCAUCUUCUGUUUCCAUUCACUAAAUUUUGCUUUGAGUUUCCCAGAUUAAACAACUCUGCAUUGCUUGAGUUUGAGAUUUUGUAAGAAGAAGAACACUAAACAAACAAAAAUGCCUUACCAAAGAGCAAGAACAUAUUCUUCUGAAUCUUACUCACCAAACAGCCAGUCAGAGUCUUCGGACCUCCCUUCCUCUGCAAGAAAGCGUUUGAUUCCAGAUUCCAGAGUACUUCAUACCCGCCGUUCCUUGAGAUUAGCAAAUAAGUAUAUUGAAACUAGAACCACCCCUGUUCAGGCUAACCAAGUCUCACGUUCCACUGUAAUUUAUGCCGGCUGUUCCUCUAUGAGAUCAGAACAACAAGAGAUUGUUGAAACUGGAACAACAGCAGAGAAGAUUACAGAAGUGAGUGAUAAUGAGAAGCAAAUUGUUAAUCACUCGACUCAAGUGGAAAAGCACAAUGCAUUGGAAGUAGAAUGUGCCCCUCUUGAGAAGGAACUUUUCGCUGAGGGUACUCAAACAUCGGCUAACUCUAGGGAAAGAAAGGACAAGAACAAUAGUAGGUCUAUUUCAAUGGUUGCACAUUCAUCCUCACAAUUCAGCCUUCAAUUUACUCACAUAGUUAAUAUGUGGGAAAAUGAAGGUGAUGAUGAAGUUGAUUCUGUGGGACAUAGCUCAACAAUGGACGGAGUUGAAGGAUACAAAGUGAAGGAAGAAUUCAUGCCCCUGUUAAGAAGUAUUCUCACUAAGCAUAGAGAUAUUUUUGAGAAUUCCUUGAUAUUGACAGAAAGAUUCCGAUCAGUUUUUUUGGAGACAAUAUGUGAGAUCAUCUCAGAACUGAAAGACAAGGAUCUCAUCAAAAUCACAGAAGAUAGGCUGCAUAGCAUGAUUGCCCUUGCAAAUGAAAUGAAAAAUAUGCAAGUGAACAUUGAGUGGCUUCACCUGAGAUUGGAAGAGAUAUAUGAGGCAAGAAAGAUUCUUAAACAAUCUGGCAUGCUGAAGGAGAGAAAAGAUAGCAACAAAAAGGUCAUCGAAACUGUGCAGAGAGAAUUGGAUCAAUGUCAAGAAGAAAGGGAGGCAUUGGAAGUAAAGUUCCAAGCAUUACGUGAGAGAAUAUGUAAUAAAGAGACUGCUUGCAAGGAGACACUAGCAAGAGCACAGGAUGAAUAUGCUUGCAUAUCUCAAACUAUCACAGAUGCUAAAUCUAAAGUGAAGCGCUUUUUAAAUUGCUCUCUGGUGAAUGGUUUGCUUUAGUUUAAGUACCGUUUCUUCCCCUCUCUCUUCUCUUCAUGGUAGUGACAUUUUGGGUUGUUUAGUGAGUUUUAAUUACACCUCUACGGAUAUGUUUAGUUGGUUAAACUGUGUCUUUACAGCUCGGUCAAACAAUCUUCCAUUUAUGUUGUUUGUACAAUGAAUUAUCUUAUUGUGUGGUUUCCAAACUACCCUUUAUUUUUCUGCUUGAUUGUGUCUAGUGUGGAACGUGAAGAGAGCUAGAAAGAGACACGGAUAGCAUGACAAGGCUAUCUAUUUCAGGCUGGAGAGUGAAGCUAGACUCCAAAAUCCAAGCAAAGGAAAACAAACAAAUGAGACUUGAAAUUAACUAUAUUGAAGCUUUCAUUAUGCUAACACUUCCAUAUUUGUUUAAUGAAAGUAACACCUCUGGCUGUUUAAAGGUCCUUUAAAA